CGUCUGUUCUAUCUGAACGUGGCUAAGCACUAGAAAAUCUACAUGUAAAGGCUGAGUUGAAUACGUGGCAGCAGCUCAUUGGCUAUCUUAAAUUCUCUUGAACUCUGUCUAAUCUACUGGUUCUUGUCCUAGCGUUGUGACUAUCACAUCGCAGUGACGAGUUUUUUUUUCUUUUCUUCUCUCUCGAGACUUCUGCAUCAAUGGCGGGGAUCGUUAGCCCUAGCCCUACGGCUCUUUACUUCACCAGUAAUCUCGGCGCAAGGAGGUUGAAAGCGGCGAGCUGGUCGGGAAAGAGCCUCCCUGGUAACGUUCUCCGCCGGAGAAGCCUGAGAGUUGCGGCGGAGGUGAAGUUCGUGAACGCAGAGGAAGCAAAGAAGUUGAUAGCAGCGGAAGGUUACAAGGUUGUGGAUGUGAGAGACAAGACUCAGUUCGAGAGAGCUCAUAUAAAGUCUUGCCACCACAUCCCUCUCUUCAUUUUCAACGAAGACAACGAUCUUGGGACGAUAGUGAAGAGGACAGUGCACAACAACUUCUCAGGGCUCUUCUUUGGUUUGCCUUUCACAAAACUGAAUCCAGAGUUCGUUAAUUCCGUUAGAAACGAGUUUAAGCAAGAUAGCAAACUUUUAAUUGUUUGCCAAGAAGGUCUCAGAUCUGCAGCUGCGGCUAGUAGAUUGGAGGAAGCAGGUUAUGACAACAUAGCUUGUGUAACAUCAGGGCUACAAUCUGUUAAACCAGGGACAUUUGAAUCGGUUGGUUCAACGGAGUUGCAGAAUGCUGGAAAGGCAGGGCUUAUCACAAUUCAAGGGAAGAUCUCAGCUGUCUUAGGAACAGUGCUCGUCUGUGCUUUGUUGUUCAUAACGUUCUUCCCUGACCAAGCAGAGAAGCUGUUUCCUUCAAGCUAAAGACAAGAGAACGACAAUGACUUGAUCCAGAGAAGUUUCCAGAGUUUCAACUUGUUUGUAUGUAGAUGCUCAAGGAACACAAAAAAAUCUUUAAAUAUUUGAAUUUUUGAAGUGGUUACAAAGAACAUAUGGUAUUGAACAAAGUUGUUUUCUGCUUAUAAAACAAUUGAAGAAGAAAAAAAUUCAU